CGAACAAGGAACAUGCGUACCUUGGUGCGUGGCACAAUUCUAGUCAUCAAACGGACGCAUAAUUUCAGCCUCAAUCUAUCCUACCACCCCAAAAAAACCCACAAAAAAUUAAAAAUCGGGGUAUCCUUAAUCAAAAAUUUUAACACCAACUUUCGCCAUUGAUAACCUUUAAUUGCUGAUGUUCUUCACCUUCAAAUUGUCCUCCAAAUUAUGGCUGCUGUGGCCCAAGUUGCCCAUUUUCUGAGAUGGGAACCCCGCAAUUUCUCUCUCCAAAAUAGUAGGACUAAAAACUGCUCCACAUUUUCUCACCAAAAUCUGUGGUUUGGGAAGGUUUCUCUCUCUAUUUAUGGUUAUGGCUGUAACGGUAGAAGAAAAAGAAGUUAUUCUUCCGCUGUUUUUACUUGCUCUGCUUCGAAUAAACCCUCUACUUCUUCAGAUGAAAUCAGUUCUACAGCCAAGAUAAGGAGUGAAGUUCUUACUCCUUUCCGCUCUGUUCGAAUGUUCUUUUAUCUUGCUUUCAUUGCAAGUGCUGGCUUGGGUUCAUUAAUAGCUGUAUCACAACUGAUUGGCGCUCUAGCAAAUCCAUUCAGAUCAGCUGAAGUACCUGAAAUUCUCAAGGGUCUUGGCAUAGAUGUAGCCGCAGUUUCUAUCUUUGCCUUUCUAUAUAGUAGAGAGAACAAGGCAAAGAAUGCACAGAUAGCCAGACUUUCAAGAGAAGAGAACCUUGCUAAUCUUAAGGUCCGUAUUGUUAAUCGGAAGACCAUUCCAAUUAGCUCAUUAAGAGGUAUUGCUCGCCUUGUUAUUCUUGCUGGUCCUAGCUCCUUUAUUGCCGAGUCCUUUAAGCUUAGUGAACCUUUCACUGCGGAUCUUUUGGAAAGAGGGGUACUUGUGGUUCCGCUUACAACUGAUGCAGAGCUACCUACGUUUGAAUUUGAUGAGAGUGAAGAAAUGAAGGAGAUGACAAGUAAAAGGAAGAAGCUUUGGCAGUUGCUUCCUUUUGAUAUUUCUCAAUGGUCCAAAUGGAUAGAUGCACAGAAGGAGUUAGCAAAUGUCUCUUCUGAUUCUCCAGUGUAUAUGUCCCUACGCAUGGAUGGCCGUGUUCGUGGAAGUGGAGUUGGUUACCCGCCAUGGGGUGCUUUUGUGGCACAGCUACCGCAGGUAAAGGGUUUGUGGUCGGGCCUUCUUGAUGGUAUGGAUGGGCGAGUUUGAUAGAGUAUUCGUUCAUAUUGUUUGUUGGCAAGGUUAGAUUUUACUUUUUAUUUGUACCCAUUGGCAACAACCAUUUGUAUAUCUCAAGUGCACAAAACUUGGAUUAGGAGAAUGUAUUUACGACAUAAAUAUUAUUCCCUUACACACAAAAUGAAAUAUGGUCAACUCUUCUGACCUUCCAACUGA